CAUAGUAAUUGUGCCUCCUUGUCAAUUGCGGCUUUUGUUUUGCCCUACUCCACUGUGCCGCUCUCUGCCGUUGUGCCAAUUCUCUCCCGUUCGUGUCUUAUUCGCUCAGCCAUGAGUUGGAUUCCCUUGGAGGCUAAUCCGGAAUUGUUUGGUGUUUUUUAUCGCCUGUUCAAGUAUAUCGUCAAACUUGGUGUUGAAAGCUGCUGGAGAUUUUGGGAUAUUUACGGGCUCGAUGGAGACAGUCUGAGUGUAGUGCCAAAGCCUGUUAUAGCAGUUUUGCUUCUAUUUCCCAUGUCAUCUGAGGUAGAAAAGAUUCCCAUAGGUCAAGAGGUCGACUGCUCCGACUUGUUUUUCAUGAAACAGACAGUCAACAAUUCUUGCGGUGCUGUCGCUCUAUUGCAUGCCUUAGUGAACAAUAAAUCUCGACUUACAUUCACAGACCCUUCCUUUCUCUGCGCCUUCAUCGAGAAACUGAAGAAUCUUGCUCCAUCUGAGCGUGCUUCGGAAAUGAUGAAGCUGCCAAAACUUGAUGAAAUCCAUGAGAAUAGCGCCAUGCGAGGUCAAACAAAAGCUCCUGAUCCGAUGGCAAGCACGAAUUUACACUUCACUUGCUUUGUUCAGUCUCAAAGCAAAGUAUAUGAAUUAGGCAAGCGCAUUUUCAAUUAUUUCAUAGCUUUUUCUGUUUUUUCAGAUGGACGACGCAAUCAUCCAGUGGUACACUCGGAGACUAGUUCGGAUACUUUCCUGGAAGAUGUAUGCUGUGUUGUCAAGCGUUUUAUGUCUCGAGAUCCUUCUUCUGUCAAUUUCAGUCUUGUUGCUCUCUCUAGAGUCCCACAGUAA